CCUUCUCUCUCUCUCUCUCGGCCCCAAAAAUCCGCGGCCUUUCGCUUCACAAAACAAGAAAACGAAAACAAGAAACCAAAGACCAAACCAUCUCUCUCUCUCUCUCUCUCUCUCUCUCUCUGUUAUUUAUAAAUUCUCACUCAACGCUAUCUUGUUUCUCUGCGUCUUGGAGUAAAUUUUCGUGAAUCAUUGGGCGUCCUGCGAUUUUUGGCAUCUGCGGAAGUUAGGGCUUCGUUUCGUUCCCACACUGCGGCGGGCGAAGCUCCGAGGCGAUAUGUUUCGAGCUAUCGAUCUCAAUCUCUUUAGGUUACUGUUGUUCUGCGAUUUCGUUUCGUUUGAUCUGGAAUUAGGGUUUAGUUCUAAUUUUUGCGCGUGUGAUAGAAUUUUUUUUUAGGCAGAUUUUUUAUUGUAGGGUUAGGAAUGGUCGGUGGCGUGUAUUGUGGCUGAGGGGGGCGGGGGGAUAGUGCGCUAAGAUGACUGAUAUUAGGCAACAGUUGCAACAGAAGCCUGAGAGCGAAGCGGAGGAUGCAAGGACCGAGUUUGAGCGGGGACUGGAGGAAUUGAUGCGUGGGCAUUUGGAUGAUUGUAUGUCAUUUGCUUCGUGUAGCUCUCCACGUAAUACUGAGGAUGAGGACGAUGAGGGUGAUCAGCUUGUGAGGAGGAGGAGGAGGUCGGAUCUUGAAGGGGAUGAUCUGGCCGAAUCUUCUGCUGCCCGGAGGCGCCAGUCACGGAUUUUGAGCAGGUGGGCUGCCCGGCAGGCACAGGAGAUGAUUACCACAAUUGAAAGGAGGAAUAGGGAAUCGGAGUUGAUGGCACUUGCAGGUCUGCACACGGUUUCUAUGCUUGAUUCCUCGUUCUUGAGGGAGUCACAGUCUCCGACUUCGAGGCGGCAGGGCAAUGUUGAAAGACUGAGCACCCGUGCAUCCUCUAUUUUGCAGAUGUGGCGGGAGUUGGAAGAUGAGCACGUGCUAAGUCGUGCUCGGGAGAGGGUGAGAGAGAGGUUGAGGCAGCAGGGGAGUGUUGGGUCAAAUACAAAUGCCUCCAGCACAAAUAUGUCAGAAAGCCGGGAGAGUGAGAAUCAGGGUAGCUUGGAGGAUGCCAGUGAGAGUGAGAAUGACUUUGGAACUUGGACCCGUCAUGAUCAGGCAAGGCCACGGAAUGAGCAUGGAGACCAGGACAAUUCUAGCCGUGAGCAAUCUCCUGACCUAGGUGAAAUUGAGAGGGAGAGGGUCAGGCAAAUUGUUCGCGGUUGGAUGGAGAGUGGCAUAACUGAUCAUUCAUCUAAUGUGGCACAAAGGAGCAAUAGUCCAAGAGCAGAAUGGCUUGGUGAAAAUGAGCGUGAAAGGGUAAGGCUUGUCAGGGAGUGGGUGCAAAUGACUAGUCAGCAGAGAGGUGCGCGGGGUGGUCGAAGGGAUGAACAGGCUGCUGAACACGCUACUCAAGCUGACCAGGUUCGUGAAGGGAUGGUUGUUGACCAUGAGGAAGGCCAGCAGGAGCAUUUUCGCAGGGAUAUGCUGAGGUUGCGGGGGAGACAAGCUCUAGUUGACUUACUUAUGAGGAUUGAGAGGGAAAGGCAGAGGGAACUUCAGGGUUUGUUGGAGCAUAGAGCUGUGUCUGAAUUUGCCCAUCGCAAUCGCAUCCAGUCGUUGCUCAGAGGCAGAUUCUUGCGAAAUGAAAGGCCUGUUCGGGAUGAGAGACCACCUUCAGUGGCAGCAAAUGAACUGGUUCAGUUGAGACAACGACAGACUGUUUCUGGCUUAAGCAGGGAAGGAUUCCGCACAAGGUUAGAAAGUAUAGUUCGUGGUCAAGUAGGCAGCAAUUCUGACAACUCAUCUACUAAUAAUAUCACUGAUUCUAGAAAUGAUCAGAUCCAUACAAACAUCCAACAAGUGAUCCAGCAAGAAAUUCAUGAGCAAUCACGACCUGGGAGUCAUGAAAUUGACAUCCAACGAUUAUCAGAUUCUACAGGGAAUUCUGAAAGCAACACAGUUGGUGAGGGCACUAAUCAGCAAGCAAUUGUCAACCAAGGAGAUUGGCGGGAGCAAGGAACUGAAGAUGGAAGUGGAAACUGGCAGCAGUCUGCAUAUGAUCAAUCUAAUGAAUGGAGAGAUGGCGCUGUAGAAGAUAUGGAUGGAAACUGGCAGGAGAGUUCAGUUGAUGAUUGGCCCCAGGAAGCUUCGGGGAAUGAAGGUGCACAAGAAGUUCAUCCACAAGAAAGUGGUGAGGUCUGGCAUGAAAAUGGAUUGAGGGAAGCUGUGGAAAAUUGGUCGGAAGCCCCUCCUAACCCACCAGGAGUGCAUCGUUUCAUUCCUAUCAGAAGAUUCAACAGAUUCCACCCUCCCGAUGAUGAUAAUGUGUAUAGCAUGGAACUUAGAGAACUCUUAAGCAGGAGAAGUGUCUCUAAUCUUCUUCGCAGUGGGUUCCGUGAAAGUUUGGACCAAUUAAUACAGUCGUAUGUGGAAAGGCAAUCCCAAGCUCCAAUCGACUGGGAUCUGCACAGGAACUUACCCACUCCAACUCCUGCUUCACCUGAGCGGGAUCAGGAGGAACAGAGGGAUGAACAGAAUGGGGAUCAGAAUGAUGACAUGGGCAGACCUUCAUUGGCACUACCAUCCCCUCCGGUGCCCCCUCCACAGCCUCUUUGGCAUCAGGCUUUACAUCAUUCUAGUUGGUCUCGACAGAGUAUGCACCGCUCGGACCUUGAAUGGGAGAUGAUUAAUGAUCUAAGAGCGGAUAUGUCAAGGCUUCAACAGGGCAUGAACCACAUGCAGAGGAUGUUAGAGGCCUGCAUGGACAUGCAACUGGAGUUGCAACGCUCCGUAAGACAGGAGGUCUCUGCAGCUCUGAAUCGGUCAACUGGUGGACAGGGGAUGGCGGAGACAUCAGAUGAUGGAUCCAGAUGGGUUCAUGUUCAGAAGGGAACUUGCUGUGUAUGCUGUGACAGCCAUGUUGAUUCUCUUUUGUACAGAUGCGGGCACAUGUGCACUUGUAUGAAGUGCGCAAACGAGUUGGUUCGAAGCGGAGGGAAGUGCCCGCUGUGCAGGGCUCCCAUUGUUGAGGUUAUCCGAGCUUACUCCAUACUGUAAAAAGAACAAAAAAGAGGAAAAUAAAACAAAAUGUAAAGGAAUGAGUGAGAGAAGGAUUCAAAGGGAUUCGCGACUGCUUGCUUUUACUUUUCCUUAAGUAGUUGGAAAAGCAACAGCCCCUCAAAGUUUGCCGCUGUUUUUCUGAUUAUAUACAUAUGUGGAAGAAGAAGAAGAAGAAGAA